AUGCCGCUCAAUAUCCACAUAAGCGAUCAAGGAGACACGUCCGAUUCGGAUCAGUCGUACAGUGACGACGAAGGCUCCUCUGGUGUUGAUGUGUCUCCGCCAUCGGUCACAGGCAGCCAGCAAGACUUCGGUGAAUGGGCUCACCUAUCAUACCCCGAUGAGCUAGGAUCCUCGGAUGUAGCAUCUCAUCCUCGAGCUUCGCGCCAUAGUCGUGAUCGUGGUGCUGUGCCGGCUUCUCGCUCUAGAUCCGGCCGACGAUACUCGCGCAGGGACGUUCGCCCACAGAGAGAAGCCUUCCAUCAAAGGACGACGCGCCGCCAUCGGUCGCCCGAAUCUCCUGACAGCGCAGAGUCGGCCGAAGACCUUGUAGACGAUUACAAUCAUCAUCGUCCCGAUAGGAGAGGUUGGCCACCUGCAGCCGCCGCCGCUGUCGGUGGAUACGCCCAGAGCUCAUCUUCAGGUCCAUCCUAUAAUGUGUUUCCGAAUGGGACAGCUGCACAUUCACAUUAUCCUCAUCCCGGUCCCACACUUCCGCCAUCAGAUCAAUUAGUUCGGUUUGGUCCCCUCGCUCCCAUGGGGCGCUCAGGCCAAUAUGGAAACACAUCACCGCCUUAUGGCUACGGUGGCUCUCAUUAUCCCCCACCCCACGCUGGAGGCAUGCCACCUUUUUUUGGUCACGAUCAGUUACCCAUGCACCCUGGCCCUCAUCCCGCACAUCUUCCGCCCCACCAACCUCGCGAUCGAAGUCGGGGACAAAGUCCACCAGAACAACCAUUAUCUCAUAUGGUCCCAGCUCAUGGCAAUGCACAUUUUGGCGCCCCCCCCUUUGGUAGCCCUGAUUUGAUUCCGUACGGCGCAAAUGGAUACAUGCCCUUCAAUCCAAAUUUCCCACCGAUGCCUCCUGGGAUGCUCGGCCACCCGUUAUUCGGUCCAAUCCCUCGUCAACCUGAGUCUCCAUCGGCGACUUCGCAAUCUGAUACUGCGAAGGAAGCAAAGGAUGUAAAGGAUCCAAAAGACGAGGCGAUUGCUAGACUAGAGAAGUUGAUAUUGGAUGAACGCGCAGAGAGAGAGGCAAGGGAUGCAGCUCGUGAAGCAGCUAUUGCGAAAGCUGCGGCGGAUAAGUUGGCGGCGGAAGAAAGGGCGGCUGCGGAAAAGAAGAUCGCAGAUGAAGCAGCGGCAAACGCGAGAGCUGCAGCACUGGCAGAGGCAGAACAGAGAGCCGCAGAGGCGGCUGUCGCAGCCCAGAAGGCCGCCGAGGAGUUAGCCGCAGCAGCGGCUGCAGAAGCUAGAAAGACUGCAGAAGAAGCUGCGGCCGCGGCAGCAGAGGAGGCAAAGAAGGCCGCCGAUGAAGCUGCUGCCGCUGCCGCUGCCGCCGCCGCUGCCGAAGCGACAAAGGCUGCCGAGGAAGCUGCCGCAAAGGCUGCGAAGAAGCCCCCACCCGAGAAGAAGAAGCCUAUCAAGUUCAAAGACGCUGUUGGAAGAAAGUUCAACUUUCCUUUUCACUUGUGCGCCACGUGGCAGGGCAUGGAGGAGCUUAUUCGUCAAGCAUUUUUGCAUGUCGAAGUUAUUGGACCUCACGUUGCAGAAGGGCACUAUGACCUGGUUGGCCCCAGUGGUGACAUUAUCUUACCACAGGUUUGGGAAACCGUCGUUGAACCGGACUGGACUAUAACCAUGCAUAUGUGGCCAAUACCAGAGAAGCCAAAAGAACCCGAUCCACCUCCAGCAGAAGAGCCUCCUGCGCCACCGCCAGAGGAGCCCAAAAAGAAAGCGGACGCUCCAGCCUCCGCUGUGAAGAAGCCCAAGGCGGUCCGAGCCGAGGCUGGCUCAUUUGCGAUGUGGAUGAUGGGUAACAAUCGGCCAAAACCAAAGCAGCCUUUAAAAGCGUGA